AUGCUCGCCAAAUCCACCCUCACCGGUGCCGGCGCCACCCUCCUCCUCCUUCUCCUCUCCUCCCUCCCCUCCGCCCACGCCGGCCGAGCCAGCCUGACCCUCUACGCGGGCAACAGCUGCUCCGACACCGAAGUCACCGAGCUCCAGCCCACGCUGUCCGGCGACGGCGGCUGCGGCAGCCCAAUUACCGUGACGAGGUUCCAGAGCGCGCGGCUGAACUGGUCGUCAGGUCUGUCGGCCGUCGCGCUCUGCGCGCAGGGGUACUCUUGUGAGGAUGGCUCGUUGAAUCUCAUUCCGUACACGGGCGAGUGUGUGAAGAGUUAUGGGACGUUUGAUAAGGUGAAGCUUUGUAUUAGCUGA